AAGCACUUCGGCACCGCUGCGGCCGGUAGCGAAGACUUCGGCGGCCUCCUCUCCGCCGAUACCGACGACCUGAUUGCCCUCGAGUUCCCAACAUGUCCGCCCUAGAGAACCGGUGCCGCCGCGGCCGGCAGCGACGACUUCGGUGGCCUCUUCUCCGCCGACACCGCCGACCAACUCGCCCUCGAGUUCCCCACCUGCAACCACUUCGAUGGGUUCCAGAAGGCGACCAAGGAGAUGGUGAGCAACAAGAAUGGGACGAACACGCUCUCCUUCAUCUUCGACAAGGCGUCAUCGUCGCCGCCGACUCCCGAGCCAGCAUGGGCGGGUACACAUGGUUCGGUCUUGGUACUAUGUUGAUAAGCGAGGGUGCAAGGCUCAAGGGAAGCCGGUUCUCCAACUCUCUGUAUGCUUAUUGUAUGCUCAUGGUAUCUUGGAUGAGGGUUACAAAUUCAACGUGUCAGUUGCAGUUGAGGAAGUUGAGGAAGCUGCUGAGUUAGCAUGGCGGGCGCGGGCUUUUAUCACGCAACCUUUCGUGAUGGAGCCAGUGGUUGUAUUCAUAUUGGUAUGCAUUCUAUUUCCUAGUAUCUAUCCUAAUAUUUGUUUUGUUCACUCGAUAAGCAUGAUACAACAUGCAUGCAUAUUUGUUAAACACUUUAUCAUUAUAUCUUCCUUUUGAAAUCACAAACAUAAUUGUUUAUU